CCCUAGCCCAGCCGCCGCCUUCCUCGGGACUCCCGGCACUGCCCUCGCCCAGGGCCCCCGCGCCCGGCCGCAGCUGCCAUGCUCUACCUGGCCGCUCUCCUCGUGCACUGCGUGCCCCUGGCCAUGGGACAGUAUGACAUUUGCAAGUCCUGGGUGACCACGGACGAUGGCCCCUCAUGGGAGUUUUAUGCGUGCCAGCCCAAGGCCAUGCGGAUGAAGGAUUACGUGACCGUGCGGGUGGACCCGGCAGGAAUCACUUGUGGGGACCCUCCGGAGAGGUUCUGCACCCAUGAGAACCCGUACCUGUGCAGUGACGAGUGCGACGCCUCCAACCCCGACCUGGCGCACCCGCCCAAGCUGAUGUUCGACAGCGAGGACGAGGGCCUGGCCACCUACUGGCAGAGCGUGACCUGGCGCCGGUACCCGGAGCCGCUGCUGGCCAACAUCACCCUGUCCUGGAACAAGAGCAUCGAGCUCACCGACGACAUCGUCAUCACCUUCGAGUACGGGCGCCCCACCAUCAUGAUGCUGGAGAAGUCUCUGGACAACGGGAGGACUUGGCACCCGUACCAGUAUUAUGCAGACGACUGCAUGGAGGCCUUCAGCAUGCCAGCAAGGAGAGUCCGGGACCUCUCCACCACCAGUGCCAACAGGGUCCUCUGCACCGAGGAGUAUUCCCGCUGGGCGGGCUCCAAGAAGGAGAAGACCGUCCGGUUUGAGGUGCGGGAUCGCUUCGCCAUCUUCGCCGGCCCCGACCUCAAGAACAUGGACAACCUGUACACGCGGCUGGAGAGCGCCAAAGGGCUCAAGGACUUCUUCACCGUCACCGACCUGCGCAUGAGGCUGCUGAGGCCUGCCCUGGGCGGCACCUACGUGCAGAGGGAGAACCUGUACAAGUAUUUCUACGCCGUCUCCAACAUCGAAGUCACCGGCAGGUGUAAAUGCAACCUCCACGCCAACCUGUGCACCUUCAAAGAGGGCAGCCUGCAGUGUGAGUGUGAGCACAACACCACGGGCCAGGACUGUGGCAAGUGCAAGAAGAACUUUCGCUCCCGGUCCUGGCGAGCAGGCUCCUACCUGCCUCUCCCCAACGGGUCCCCCAAUGCAUGUGCAGCUGCAGGCUCAGCCUUUGGCAACUGCGAGUGCUACGGCCACUCCAACCGCUGCAGCUACAUCGACUUCCUGAACGUGGUGACCUGCGUGAGCUGCAAGCACAACACGCGGGGCCAGCACUGCCAGCACUGCCGCCUGGGCUUCUACCGCAACAGCUCCGCCGAGCUGGACGACGAGAAUGUUUGCAUAGAAUGUAACUGCAACCAGAUCGGCUCCAUGCACGACCGCUGCAACGAGACCGGCUACUGUGAGUGCAGGGAAGGCGCCACGGGGCCCAAGUGUGACGACUGCCUGCCCAACUACUACUGGAGACAGGGCUGCUUCCCCAAUGUGUGCGAUGACGAGCUCCUGCUCUGCCAGAACGGCGGCACCUGCUACCAGAACCAGCGCUGCAUCUGCCCCGUGGGCUUCAAGGGCGUGCUGUGCCAGCAGUCGCGGUGCGAGGUGGACAAGAAGGACUGUGACGGUGCCCCCGGUGCCCGCGGCAGCCCGGCCGCCCUGGCGCUGGGGAUGCUCGCCCUGCAGCUGCCAGGCUGGGUGGAUCUCUGA